UAAACAACUCUGUCAGUGUGGCUUACACUCAGGUGAAACAUUAGCCGGGCAGGGAGAAAGAAACCCCACACGCCCACUCACCCACACUCACACACAUUCCCACACUGAUGAGGACAGAUGGCGGAUUCAAAGCGAGCAUCUGAAGCCAUCAACGUGGUGCAUCAAGAUGAAAUCUGGAGAGCUCACGUAAAAGUCGAGAAGGUUUCAGCUGACGUUUGGCCCAAAAGAUGGAGUUUCCUGACCGAGGCUUACAAGGAGUAUGAGAUGGAGUGUGUGAACCUGAAGAGGGUAAAGAUCCCCCACCACCAGACGGCACGACCACUGACCCCUCUGGAAAAAUAUGUCCAUGUCGGUCCCUCUCCUCCUGUCCCUCAGACAACCCAGGCUUUGAUUGGUUGGCGUUCAGGUCACUCACAUCUUCAGCUGGAAAAGUUUGGCACUGUGCAUCAUGGGAGACGUAGUUUCCUGAAGGACUGGCCUCUGGAUGCUUGCUACUGAUUGGAAAUCCUCACUCCACCCAGUCAUCUCAGCUAAUCACUGACUCGGUAUUAAAUGUAGAUUAAAAAAAUAUGGUUGUUCCUAU